UGCCGGUCAUCAAACUCCCCCGGCGCCUGCUACGAGAUGGUAUCGUCUAAUAUGGCAGCCUCCGUGUUGAAGCGAUGUGCGACUGCUGCUGUCAAAGUUAAAAGUUUAUCUCCGUCUCUUUCAGCCCGACGAUGGUUGCUUUCAGCGGCUUACACAGACACCAAAAUGUGGGAGGCGAGAGAGAAAGAUCCUCAGAACCUUGCUGUACUGGCCAACACUAUGGACAGGACAUAUGACAGGAAUCUCCCUGUUAGCUCUCUGAUUAUGUCACGGUUUGUGGACAACAUAUCAUCCCGGGAAGAAAUUGAUCAAGCAGAGUACUACCUUUAUAAGUUUCGUCACAGUCCAAACUGCUGGUACCUGCGAGACUGGACCAUUCACGGCUGGAUCAGACAGUGUCUAAAAUACGGGGCUAGAGAUAAGGCCUUGCACACACUUAAAAACAAGAUCCAGUAUGGAAUAUUCCCAGAUGACUUCACCUUCAAUCUCCUCAUGGAUUCUUUCAUUAAGGAUGGAGACUUUAAAAGUGCGUGUUCUGUGGUUGAAGAGGUGAUGCUUCAGGAGGCUUUUGAUCUUCCCUCCACUCAGAUCCUGUCUCUGUAUGCUCUGGGCAGUUACCUAGCAACCAGACCACAACUCACUGUGUCAGAAGAACGGGCUCUGGGGGCAUCGCUGCUUAUCUGUGGACAGAAGCAAGACAACACCAUUGGCCUCAGUGCUCAGCUGCUUGGCAAUGCUUUCCUUGGUAAGGUAGAAAAUUUAAAGGGCAUACAUGCCGUCUUCAAAGGGAUGCCUCUCUUCUGGGGUCGAGGAUAUCUGGGCCGAGCGCUGGCCAUUAUGGAGAGAGUGGCUGCUGCUUCUGGUGAUGUCAAACUGUCCAAAGAUACACUGGGAUAUGUGAAUGACUUGCUGCACGACCUGCCUUUGUCUGACUCUUCUCCAGAAGAGUCAGACUCUUCUGGAGAAGAGUCAGGAGGUGAAGAGGACAAGAAAGAAGACACUGUAGAUGAAGACGAUCAGGCCGAAGCUGCUAAGCUACCUGAGUAUGUCAAGAAAUUCAAGGAAUUGAGCAGCCAGCUGGAGUCUCAGGGUAAAGUGGAGUCAACCUCUUUCCAGGAUUUAGUGACCGCUCUGGCCCAGCAGAACCUGGCUGCUGCCGAGACACCGGACCUCAAGCAGUAUGAGAGCCGCGUCCAGGCCUGGGAGGCCGAGAAGAGGCAGCUGAUCCAGAGAGAGAAGGAGAUGAGGGAGAAGGCUGAGCAGGAGAAACAGGAGCGAUUAGCUGCCAUGGCUGCAGCUCAGCAGGUGUAGAAACUUUUUACAUGGAGCCAAAUGUGACUCACUGAACUGUCCGUCAAGUAUGUACUUUAAAAUGUGUAUACUUGUGAGUGUAUUAUUACCAUUGCACCGGAUUCUGUCACUUAUUACUUUUGUAUAUAUCAGUUAUUGUGUUUGUGGCUCUGUUUUUAUAGAAUAGAGCUAAUAUAAAUAUGCUGUGAAAAUAAAACACACUUUCAGUUCUAUCAGAUA